AUGGCGUCCUUCUUCAGAGCGAUCAAUUCGAGGAUCCGAGCACAUCCAGUACUGAACUAUGUCUGCUCUACCCAUUUCUGGGGUCCGGUCUCGAAUUUCGGUAUCCCGAUCGCAGCGGUCAUGGAUACGCAAAAGAGUCCUGAACUAAUCUCCGGUAAAAUGACCGGUGCCCUGGUCAUCUACUCCGCGACCUUCAUGCGCUACGCCCUAGCCGUCUCACCGAAGAAUUACCUCCUCUUCGCCUGCCAUUUCGUCAACGAGGGCGCGCAGCUCACGCAGGGGUAUCGGUGGAUGCAGUAUCACAAGUGGGGAGGCAAGGAGGAGAUGUUGAAGCAGCAGGCUGAGAGCGGGGCGAAGAGUGUGGUGGGCAAGAUUGAGAAGGAGGUUGGUGCUUUGGCGGAUAAGGCGAAGGAUGUUGUUGGGAAGUAG